CGGAAGAUGCGAAAGUGGCUAGUAUUCGAGACUGGCCACGAUCUCAAACAGUUACUAAGGUCAGAUCUUUCUUAGGAAUGUGCGGCUACUAUAGGAACUUCGUAAAGAACUAUUCUACAAUCGCCUCUCCUUUGACAGAUCUAACUCGACUUGACACACCGUGGGACUGGAGUGAUGAGUGCGAGGGUGCUUUCAAGAGAUUGAAGCAUGCACUCAUGAAUCACAAAGUUCUCAUGGUUCCCGAUCCGCAGAAGCCAUUCAUAGUGACCACUGGCGCAAGCCAAUACGACAUUGGCGCAGUGCUGGCUCAGCAGGAUGGGAAAAAGUUGAGACCGAUUGAGUAUACGAGUAAGAAGAUGCCAUUGAAGAAAUUGGCUAAGUCCACCUACGAAAGGGAACUCUACGCUCUCUACAAGGCACUUGUCCAUUGGAGACACUUCCUUUUGGGAAGAUUCUUCUAUCUGAGGACUGAUCAUCAGACCCUCAAAUGGAUCAAGACUCAACCGGCUCUUUCUGAUGCACUCAAGCGAUGGAUUGAGGUCAUAGACCAAUAUGACUUCAAGCUUGAGUACCUGAAGGGAGAGUACAACAAGGUUGCAGACGCGCUAUCCCGUAGAGUAGACUACCUAGGUGCGCUAGUUUUCGAAUUUGCUGUAUCUAACGAAGUAACUCAAUCAUUGGUGGGAGCCUAUCAGGAAGACCCUGUCACGAUGGACAUCAUCCGCAAACUUCAGGCAAAAGACAAGGCCACAGAAAGUGAGUUUGUGAUGGUGGAUGGGCUAAUCUAUCUUGAUAAGGCCGGAGUAAAGAGAUUGGUAGUUCCAUCUAGUGAACAGUUGUGUAGUUUAUUUUUAGGCGAAUGUCAUGACGCAAUUGGGCACUUCGGCUACAAGAAGACGAGUGCUAACUUAGUACAGCGAUUUUGGUGGCCCAGAAUGCUAGAUGACRCAAAGAAGUAUGUUGAGACCUGUCAGGUCUGUCAGCGGGACAAGCCGCGAACUCAAGCACCGCUUGGGUUAUUGAAGCCUUUACCCAUUCCUGAUGGUCCAGGAUUGAGUGUUUCCAUGGAUUUCAUGGACACCCUAGUGACCAGCAAGAGUGGUAAGAGGCACAUUUUCGUCAUCAUUGAUGGAUUCACCAAGUACGCUAGACUAAUACCAAUGCCAGAGACAGCCAGGAUGGAGUAUGUCAUCAAGUUGUUCAAGGACAACUGGGUUAGGGACUUUGGUUUGCCAAAGACCAUCAUUAGUGACCGAGACGUCCGCUUCACAAGUGAACUGUGGAAGAAGACUGCAGAACAGAUGGGCAGUCAACUUCAAACGACUUCAGGGAAUCAUCCCGAAGCCAACGGACAAGCCGAACAAAUGAACAGAGUGGUACAGCACUUGCUGCGGCAUUACAUCAAGCCCAGCCAAGAUGAUUGGGAUGAGCAGUUGCCUCUCAUCGCCAGCUUGUACAACAAUGCUAUUCAUAGUAGUACCGGCGUUAGUCCUAACCAGUUGCACUUGGGAUGGAAGCCUAGAUCAGCACUAGACUUCCUCCUACCUGAAAACCGACCUGCUGCAACUCCAGGCACACUUGAAUACGGUGUGCAAUAUSAGAAGUUGCUGCGAGAGGCUGUUGAACAUAUGAAGAAAGCUCAGCAAGCCAUGAUUGCUUCUGAGAAUCAACAUCGCAGACAGUCCACAUUUCAGGUAGGGGAAUGUGUCUGGGUCAAGGCUAGUGAGUUAGGACAGGAGUUCGGAAUAUCUCGUAAACUAAUGCCUCAAUACUUUGGUCCCUGGGAAGUCUUGGAUGUAGUGGGAGAUGAAAUGGAUGGUCCUACGUACGUCAUUCGUAUCCCUGGUCAUCUACGCACUCACCGAGUUUUUCAUGCCUCAAAGCUUGCACCUUUCGCUGAGACAGAUCAAUUCCCUUCCAGGAGAUCGAUGCUGCCCCCAACCAUGGAUGGUCAAGUUGACAUCGACGACAUUGUGGAUCACAGGGACAUGCCUGUUCCAAAGCCGCUGGGCCGAGGAAGACCUCCCAAGCCCAAGAGAGAGUACCGCGUCAGAUUCAGGCAUCACACGGAUCCAAAAGAAGAUCRUUGGUUUUCCAGGGAGGAACUGAUUGACACAGCUCCUCAGGUGGUGGCAGACUAUGAAAAGAAACUGAAAGGGAAGGCGCCUGCAAA